UCAUUUGGAUUCUCGGGAACACAUCCUCACAUUCAGAAUCCGUUUAGUAAGCAUUAGAUCCUGCCUUUCGCAUGCAAAACGAAUGUCACGACGGCAGUCUCACCGACCUUUAUUGUUUGUUCUCCACGCAUGGCUAAAGGCAAGUUGUCGCAAAAGACUCCAAUAGAGGCGUACUACGUCCAUAUCGCGUUUCAUCAUGCCGGCGGCCGACGACUUGGAAGAAACCAAUCACUCGACGUCCGCGGGAGGCAAAGCGAAGAAACCCAAGGCGAAGCAAGCUUCUGCUGUCGAAACGCUCCACUUCGCUUUCGACUGCGGGGUCCGUGUCAAGGUCCUCUUUUUUUUCGGCGUAAUUGCAGGAAUUGCUAACGGACUCGUUUACCCGAUCCUGGCGUGGCUCUUUUCUUCCUCCUUCUCCGACAUUUCCGCCGCUUCUACCAACGGUCUCAGUCAGAUUCGCGAGCUCGCGUUUACGUUUCUGAUCGUGGGAGUCUACGCGCUGGUCUGUGCAACCAUUCAAUCCUUCUGUUUUGAACUGGUGGCGUACCACGCGUCGCAGAACUUUCGUCUCCAAUGGUUCGGCGCGUUGCUGCGCCAGGACGCGGCAUUUUUCGACGUUUACGACGUCGGCGGUAUCGCUGCUCAAGUGGGACCCAACGCCAAUAAGUAUCGACGCGGUAUGGGCCGUAAGUUUGGGGAGGGCGUUCAGUUUUUAACCACCGGCAUCGGUGGAAUUGGUUUUGCCUUUUUCGUUUCGUGGCGAAUCGCGUUCGUGGUGCUGUGCGUUAUUCCCUUUGUGUCAGUCGCGGCACUCAUGGUGGUACAGCUAAACCAGCAAAAAGGCGCACGGGCGAGCAAAAGUUACAAACGCGCUGGUAGUGUUGCGUAUUCCAGCGUUUCCGCUAUCAAAACGGUGCUUUCCUUGAAUGCUGUUCCGACAAUGCUCAAGCAAUACUCCCAGGCAACACAAGAGGCUUUUGCCGAUGCCGUCAGUAUUCUUCUCAAACAGGGUCUCGCAAACGGUUCCAUGUUGGGCGCUUUCUUGAUGCUGUACGCCAUCUUGGCCUUGUACGGUAGCGCGCUCCUGUACCGUGAUGUAGAGGAUACAGGAUGCGAUCCGUCUGGCGGAGUGAACGACAACGCGACCUGCCCCAAUAGUGGAAGCGACGUAUUCGGAGCGAUGCUGGGUGUCGCUUUUGCUGGUCAAGGUGUUUCCCAAGUCGGCAACUUUUUCGAAGCCUUUGCGGCUGCCCGAAUUGCUGCUUUUGAAGCCUAUUCGGCUAUUCGACGUACCGCCGGGGCCCCGGCCGAAACCAUUUACAAGGAAGACGAUGUGGAAGAUCUGAACAGUACCGUGCACUCCCGUAAAUCAAAGAAGAGCGAGCCCGAUGUGGAAUCUGCCGAAAGACCGAUCAAGGCGAUUCUACCGAAGUACGAAAUCGAUUCGACAUCCGAUAAGGGAAAGAAACCGUCCGACAUUGCGGGUACGCUUGCGUUCAAUGACGUACGCUUCAACUACCCCACCCGUCCCACGGAAGCUAUUCUGAAAGGUCUUUCUGUAGAAAUUGAAGCCGGCAAAAUAUCUGCUUUCUGUGGUCCCUCCGGCGGUGGCAAGAGCACAGUUAUGUCUUUGAUCGAACGCUUUUACGAUCCUCUGUCCGGUAGUGUUUCUUUGGAUGGAGUGAACUUGCGGGAUAUCAACGUGUCGCACCUUCGCAGCAUGAUUGGGUACGUCGGGCAGGAGCCUACCUUGUUUGCGACUAGUAUUCGUGGAAACAUUCGUUUCGGAAAUCCCGACGCGACCGACGAGAUGAUUGAGAGCGCGGCUCGUAUGGCGAAUGCGCACGAUUUCAUCAUGUCGUUUUCGGAUGGCUACGACACGCAGGUAGGAGACCGAGGGAGCCAAUUGUCCGGAGGUCAAAAGCAGCGUAUCGCCAUUGCGCGUGUUCUGGUGCACAAUCCAAAAAUUCUAUUGCUGGACGAAGCUACCAGUGCUUUGGAUGCAGAGUCAGAACUUGUGGUACAGGAUGCUUUGGACAAGAUCUUGGAACAAAAGAAUAUCACCACCGUGAUCAUUGCGCAUCGGUUGUCGACCAUCCGCAACGCUGAUGUGAUCAAUGUGGUUGUCGGUGGAGUUGUUGCCGAGAAAGGUACUCACGACGAGUUGAUGGCGGGAGACACGUACUAUCGUAAGCUAGUUGAGAAACAGGAAGGCCAGGAUAGAGCAGACACUGACAGCUCCCCUGGUACGUCUCGGAAUAGUAGCUCGGUGGAUUUGGUUCAGCUCGCAGAAACAUCCAAGGAGAACAUGCGUGCUUCGAUAGAUGCGAAGCACGAAACUCCGUUAUUGCAAUUUCGAGAUGUUCGUUUUGCGUAUCCGACGCGGCCGAAAAAGAAGGUUUUCGACGAUUUUAACCUUACCAUCAUGAAGGGUGAAACAGUAGCUUUGGUAGGACCUAGCGGUGGUGGUAAGAGCACGACGGUUGGCUUAAUGGAACGGUUCUACGAUCCGACCGAGGGCACGCUUGAGUAUUUAGGGAUGGACGUGAAGUCUUUAAAUGUGCCUUGGUAUCGCGACCAGAUUGGCUAUGUGGGGCAGGAACCAACUCUUUUCAACGAUACUAUAUCUCGAAAUAUUGCGUACGGUGCGCCGGGUGCGUCGCAGUUCGAGAUUGAGGAGGCCUGCAAGCGCGCGAAUGCUCACGACUUUAUCAUGGAGUUUCCGGACGGUUACAACACACCCUUGGGCGAGUCGUCUCAGCUGUCGGGUGGCCAGAAGCAGCGUAUAGCCAUUGCCCGCGCCUUGGUGAAACGACCUAAUAUCUUGAUCUUGGACGAAGCCACGAGCGCCCUAGACAACGAGAGCGAGGCAGUUGUGCAGGCUGCCAUUGACAAGCUGAUGAGCUCAAGUGAGCACACGGUUGUAUUGAUCGCGCAUCGUUUGUCUACGAUACGAAACGCUGACAAGAUAGCGUUCGUGGCCGACGGCAAAGUUUUAGAAUAUGGCAGUCACGAAACUCUAAUGGAGCGCCCUCAUGGCCGCUAUAAGCGUCUUUUUGAAUCCUCUCGACGGGAUGCCACUCUGUCAGCUCUCAACAGCCAAUCGAAGAAAGCUUCCGGUAAAGACGUAGAUCGGGAAGAAGACGAAGAGAUUGACUGGGAGGGAAAGAUCCAGGCAGAAGAGGCCGCUGCAUUCAAUGCCAAACGCGCUCGAGACAUGGCCAAACCAGAUUCUUCAUACAUGCUUAUUGGUGCCAUUGGAGCAGUGAUGGCUGGAGGUGUAUUCCCGAUGUGGGGCGUUCUUUUUUCUGAAACAAUUGACUUACUUUUCCAGCCUGUACUCCUUUGUCCCGCUGAGGAUGGAAGCAUUCCGAACAAUUUCCCAACUUGUGAGGAUUACUGGAAAGGUAUCGCCAACGAUAUGCAGGACCGCUCCUUUGCGUUAGCUGGCUAUUGGGCUUGUGUAAUGUUUGGGUGUCUUGUUGGCAAUGUGCUGACCUUUUAUGGCUUUGGCACUGCAAGUGAGCGUCUGAACAAACGGGUUCGUGACAUGUCCUUUACCUCUUUGUUGCGCCAGGAAGUCGCUUUUUUUGACAUGCGAAGUGUCGGAAGUAUUACCUCGCAGUUACAGGACGACGCAGCCCGUAUUCAUGCGUUUUCUGGUGAACCGGUUCGAUCGUUUAUCACAGCACUUUCCUCCAUCGUUACAGGUGUAGUACUAUCUUUUAUUUUCAUGUGGCCUUUCGCUCUUUUGGCAAUUGGUUGCGUUCCUCUGAUGGGAUUUGCUACAUCGCUGGAGAUGAAGCAGAUGCUUGGAGAGGACGAAGGCGAUGUGGAUAACGUUGUUGAAGCACUGAACACCCCGGGUGGCCUUAUUGUGGAAACGUUGUUGAAUAUACGCACUGUGUCGGCUUUGACGCUUGAGAACAAGCGUUUUACGGACUAUCAAGAUUCUUUACUGAAAACGGAGCCAGACUUUAAAUUUGACGCUUUUAUGACUGGUUUUGUCAGCGGAAUUUCUAUGUUUAUUCAGCAAUGGAUCAAUGGAUUGCAGCUUUGGUUUGGUGGAUAUAUUCUUUCCAAGUUUCCGGAUGACUACGACUUCAACGACUUCCUCAUUGCCAACUUUGCUGUUCUAUUCGCCUUGUUUGGUCUCGGUGCGGCGUUUCAGGACAUUUCUGACCGAAAGGAAGUGGAGAAGAGCGCGGGGCGUAUUUUCUACUUGCUGGAUCGUGCCUCUUCGAUUGAUCCUCUUUCCACGGAAGGAAAAAAAUUGUGAUUAUUCCUUCCAUUAAAGUAGUCUGAACUUUGGCUCACAUGUCAACUCUGUCUCUGUAAUUAUGGAUCGUUGACCAAUUUACAAUCUCUUUGCGUUGGUGAAUGGUCAAACUCUGCAAAAUUCGCUUGAGAAGAUUGUAAAUUCCAGUAGCCUUACAGUUACAGUUAAUAAUAGUAUUCUACGGAAAACAAGUU